GCGUUUCGUCGUCUGCUGCAUGUGCACUCUGAGGAAUUAAAAAGACUUUAAUAAUUCAUUAAGUACUAUUAUUGGCACCACCUCAUUGAAUGAUCUGAUAGAGGGUACUUAUGGCAUAGUAUCAACAGACAUGGGAAAAUUGUACACACUGUUUUUUGUAAUCAGUUUUCUUAUCUCUUCCUGCUUGACUGCAACUUACAAUGUUUUGGUAAUACUGCCCUACAAGAAGCCAAGUGGAUUCAAGUUUCCAUUUGGAGCUGAACUUUCUGGUGCUGCAGUUUCACUUGCAAAUGAGGACAUUGUACUAAGUGGACUGCUUGGAACAAGCACCCUGGACAUAGACUACAAAGACAGUCACUGCAAUGUGGUAUACAGUCUUGGUAAUGCUGCUGAUGCACUUUAUUCAAAGACAUACCACAUUAUAAUUGGUCCCCAGUGUUCACAAUCCUGUAGUCAUGUGGCUCGACUGGCAGCUUAUAAAAACAUUCCUGAUUUUACUGGAGUCUGCCAGGACACAGAGAUGUUGGAUAAAACUCAGUUCAAGACUCUAACAAGAUUCCUAGGUACUUUCACAAUGGUGGGCAAAGCAGUUGUUGGAUUCAUGGCACACAAGGGCUGGGACAGACUUGGUAUCAUUGCAGAAACACAUGUGGAUAAGAUUUGGUUAUUGUCCCAAGAAGGGGUAGCAACUGAAUCUGCAUUGGCAGGUUAUAAUGUUGCGAAAAGCAUAGCCAUAGGAAGUCCUGCAUAUGCUUCUGCAACUAAGGAGCAGAUUCUGGAUGAAGUAGCCAAUGCUUCACGAAUUAUUGUGCUGGCUGUAAGAGGGAACACACUUCGGGAACUUAUGCUCUAUGCUCACUCUAAAGGAUAUAUGGAUGGGAGAUACUUUUUUAUUUGCCUCUACUAUUACGAGCAACCCAAUGUUUUUGGUGAUUUUUCAUUCAUACGAAAUGAUGCCAAUGAUGCUGUGGCUCUGGAGGCCUAUCACCAUGUUGUGUUCAUACAAUACUACACCAGACAAUCUCCUGAAUUGACAGCCUUUGAUACACGCAUGAGAGCAGCUGCUCUAACAUUGUUCAAUCACACUUUUCAACCUACUGACAGCGUACCCUACCCAGCUGCCAAUCUGUACGAGGCAAUGUACAUGUAUGCCAGGGCAUUGAAGGAAACACUUGAUGAUGGAGAAGACCCCUUAAACGGGACGAGAGUAUCCCAGAGGCUGUGGGGAAGAGAAUUCAACGACAGCUUAACUGGCAAUCUGAAGUUUAAUGCUAAUGGAGAUCGUGAGCAAGCUUACACAUUCUCACAGGUGUCUCAUCUUCACAAUUCAUCUAUAGCCACUUGGGACCUCUCAAUUAUAGGUUACUUCUUCAGUGCUACCAAUUCCUAUGUGGAAGAUCAGACAACAACAAUUAUUUGGCCUUCAGGCUCUAAACCAAGUGAUACUCCAAGUUGUGGAUAUAGUAACGAAUUUUGUCCAACCAUGAGUGAGAAGGACAAAAUUCUUGUUGGAAUUGGAGGUGCAUUUGGAUGUUUGGUUCUUAUUAUGAUUGGGAUGAUUUUUGGGUUCUGGUAUUACAAGAGAUGGAUGAAAAAGAAGCAAAGUGAAAUUAUGUGGAGGGUUUACUUCAGUGAUAUUCUGUUUAGUAGAGGUUCUGCUACCUCGAUGUCAAAGUUGUCUGUCAAGUCUGGUGGAAGCUCUGGAGGUGGUCAAAUCUUUACAAAAACUGGAACUUACAAGGGAGCCAUGGUUGCCAUCAAAGUGUUCCAGGACUUACCUCCAACAGAAGCCAUUUCAGAGCAUAACAAAAAAGAAUACUUUGAGAUGACGGAACUAAACAGCAAAAAUGUGACCCAGAUUAUUGGAGUAUGUGUUGAUGCACCCAACUUUCUUGUUCUAACAGAAUACUGUGCAAAAGGAAGCUUGCAGGACAUUUUGGAAAAUGAUUCAAUUAAUCUUGACCUUGCCUUCAAGAAAUCAUUGAUGCAAGAUCUAAUAAAGGGCCUAGCGUACAUCCAUGACAGCUCAUUGAAGUAUCAUGGAAACCUGAAGAGCUCAAACUGUGUUGUCGAUGGUAGAUUCACAAUGAAAGUAACAGAUUUUGGUCCAAGAAAAUGGCUUGAGACGAAAGAAAGAGAUCCAAAAGACCUGCUUUGGAGUGCUCCUGAAGUACUACGCGGUAACACACUUACAAGUAGUCAGUGGCAGAAAGCAGAUAUCUACUCAAUGGCAAUUAUCAUCAAUGAGAUUACUAUGAGACUGGGAACUUUCCAUGUGGAAGAUGGGGACUACACUGCUGAUGAAAUGUUGGAGAAAAUCCGAAAAGGGCAAGACCCUCCGUUCCGGCCACACAUUCAUGUGGAUGAGAACAAUGGGUGUACAAACACAAUGCAGAGGCUGAUGACCCACUCUUGGGAUGAAGACCCACAUUGUAGAUUGAACAUGAAGCAGGUCAAACAAGAGUUAAAAGAAAUCAUUGGACCAGGGGCAAAGAGCUUUAUGGAUAGUUUGUUGGAAAGAAUGGAGCAGUAUGCCAAUAACUUAGAAGGAAUUGUAGAAGAAAGAACAGGAAAGUACAUGGCUGAAAAGAAAAAGGUGGAAGAACUUCUACAUACCAUUUUGCCACCAUCAAUUGCAGACCAGCUGCAGUCGCAAGGAAGUGUUGAACCAGAAACUUUUGACCUGGUGACAAUUUUGUUUACGGACAUUAAGGGAUUCACAGCUCUGUCAUCAUCUAGCACACCUAUAGAGAUUGUGAACUUCCUGAACGACUUGUAUGUGUGUUUUGAUAGCAUCAUUGAUGAAUUUGAUGCAUACAAGGUAGAGACUAUUGGAGAUGCAUAUAUGGUGGUAUCUGGUCUUCCAAAGAGAAAUGAUGACCACUUCUGUCAAAUUGCUGAACUGACACUUGCCUUGAUGGUGGCUGUUAAAACUUUCAAAAUCAGACAUCGACCAGACAUGCCAUUAUUGCUCAGAGCUGGAAUGCACACAGGAUCUUGUGUUGCUGGUGUGGUUGGACUGAAGAUGCCCAGGUAUUGUCUCUUUGGAGAUACAGUAAACACAGCAUCGAGAAUGGAAAGUAAUGGAGAAGCUUUGAAGAUCCACGUCAGUGGGCCAUGCAGAGACAAUUUAGUUGCAUAUCCAGGAAAGAACUACGACUUGGAAGUGAGAGGAACAAUUCCUAUCAAGGGUAAAGGAGAAAUGACAACAUACUGGCUGCUGGGGAAAGAUGGGUAUUCUCCCAUGGCUAAGGAACAGGAAAAGCCAGCUGAGAAGCCUGCUGAGAAGCCAGAAGAAAAGCCGGAGGAAAAGCCAGCUGAAUGAAGAAACAAUUGACUAUUCCUGUGCGGCUCUGUGCUUUUUCUCAGAUAUGCAAGAAAAUUGAGAUCAACAUUUUAUAUCAAAUGUAUAUAUACUUUCAGGAUGCCGAGAUCAACAUAUUUAUUGAAACUUCGGAUUAAAUGUAGAUCACAAAUUGUUAUUCUGUUACAUGGCUAUGUAUAAAAGAAAAGUAAUACUUCCAGCCAUUUCUUAUUGUUUCAUAGUGUUUCUCAUUUUGUAUGUGUACAUGUGUAUUGCACGUGAAUAUCAUAUUUGUAUGGAAGAACCAAUGGCCCUACAGUUCAGGGAUUGAAAAGACUGCUACACAUGAUGUGUUUUGGAAAAUUGAAAUGACAUAUUUGGGUUGUAUGGAUAGAAAAAUGAAUUAAACUGAAAUAUUAAUGGCCGUUAAAAUUGUUCUUCUAUGUGACUUCUGCAUGAUUGAGCUGUUAUCAAAAAAAAAAAAAAAAAAUAAAGUAAUUUCUGCAUAUGCAGUUCACCAUGAAAUGUCAAUUUGUAAUAUUUUAGUCUGUAGCGUCAUGCCCUUCUACUGAAUACAGUACAUAGGUCGGUCAUGGAGAUCGUUCAUAUUCAGUCAACAGCACCAGUUUUAUUCCUCAUGUUAGCAAGCAAUAACUAGACUAUAUACAUUUUGUAACUGUACAGCCCUGAAAGAAUACUUACUGUAUUUUACACUUUCAGCAUUUUUUAAUUGUUAAUGUUCACUUUUUUGAAAAAACUUGUUAUUUUGCCAACAGAGAAACCCAGAUAUGGCAUAUCAGCCUAUAGUCAUUUUCCAAGUUGGAUGAAUCCUAUUUUCUCAACCCUUUGCACAGAGAACAGCAGCUUUAUAUGCACAUUUUGGCCAUGAAUUAAUAUUUGUAUGGGUGUAAAAAAAGCUUUUUCUGGGUUGUUUAAGUUUUACAGAUGCAUACAAAUUCUGUGCAGACAGUAUAACUUUUUCCGAAUAUGUCAACGUUGAUCAUGCUCGUACCGAAUGGUUAAUGCGAAAAGGUCAGGAAAAUAGGUUGUGCAGGAGAGGCAGUUAACAUGUUACUUGCUUUGUCUAUUUGCAGAUAUUGUUAAGAUGUUUGAAUUUCAAUAAAGAA